CGUCUCGUCCUGUACAGACGUGUCAGUGCGAGUCUCGGGAGUGAUAACAAGAUGGCGGCCACAAGUGCAUAUACCACGCCUGUUAAUACUGUCGACAGGAAGAACAUCAUCUUGCUUCUUAGAAAUAAUGUGCUUAAUACAUCCGUGGAAUUUAUACCUGAUUCUGAUUUGAUGGACUCUGAUUCACCGAUCAGAAAACCCACAAGUCUCCAACCAGUUAUAAAGAAAUUGUUCCAUUCACCAGCACAAGAGUAUAGUCCAAAGCGAUUGGUCUCUAGAGAUGAAGUGGACAGAAGCAAGAGAGUGAGAAAGAGAAAGCUGAUACCGGACUCCGAUGAGAAGAUAAAAAGAGUGUAUGUUAAGGAGUACGAGGGAGACGGCUAUAGUCCGGAAGUGAAGGAAGGAAUGAGAAAGAGAGUACUGAUCAGUUUAUUUCAUAACAAAGAGUAUUCUAUGGAUUGCGGAGACUGAAAAACUUCGUAAUUGUUACUUUUUAAAUUAUUGUAAUCAGUAUUAGGUUAUAAAUAUUUUAGGACUUAUUAGAU